AGCCAAGGAGUCCUCUGUGAAUGAUUCGACGGAGGAAAACCGAUCUGACGUCGCUGCGACUCUGAGCGGUUUAUUCGCUGGACUUCCGACCUUAGCGGGUCCCCAACGACUCGCCAAUUCCCUCAGGCAGAGAUUUGCUAACAAUUCUGGUUACCCCCGGUCCAAUCGCGACGAUCUCCUCGUCAAGCUCGCUCUCAAGGUCGCACAAGCUGAUCGCGAUUAAUUCCUCUCAUUAGUUCUACUACCAUCGCUAAGGUCCGCCGACGAAUUCUGGAUUCUGCUUGUUCCGGCAAAUCAGCUACACGAUGACGACGCUACCGAUAAUCAACAUGGAGAUUGGCGAGCUAAAAGAAAUCAUUUGGACGAGGCUACGAGAGCCAAGUGCUCAACGUAAGCUCGUCCUGGUGAUCGUAUCGGUGGCAUUACUACUCGACAACAUGCUGUAUAUGGUGAUCGUACCGAUAAUUCCGCAUUAUUUGAAAUACGUCAAUUCGUAUGGGGAAGAAGGCGAAGAAGGCAAUGAAACCAUUCCGGUAUCCCAUCAUGGACAAGACUCGGCAACGGGAGUGUUAUUCGCGUCUAAAGCGAUCGUACAACUGAUGGUGAAUCCGUUUUCGGGUGCGCUAAUCGAUAAAAUCGGUUACGAUAUUCCAAUGAUGAUAGGCUUGUGCAUCAUGUUCCUAUCGACGGCCGUAUUCGCUUGCGGCAGGAGCUAUGGUGUACUGUUCUUUGCUAGAAGUCUUCAAGGAGUGGGUUCGGCUUUCGCGGACACUUCUGGUCUUGCUAUGAUAGCCGAUCGAUUCACCGAAGAAUCGGAACGUUCGAAAGCUCUUGGAAUAGCUUUGGCCUUCAUAAGUUUCGGCUGCUUGGUAGCUCCGCCAUUUGGUGGUGCUUUGUAUCAGUUCGCUGGUAAGGAGAUGCCGUUCUUGAUAUUGGCUUUCGUCAGCUUGGCCGAUGGUUUUAUGUUACUGCUAGUAAUGAAACCUAUGAAGGAACAGUUGAAGGAAAGACAUCGCGAACGCGCGCCGACGAUACCAAUCUGGCGACUUUUAAUGGAUCCCUAUAUCGCGGUAUGUGCUGGUGCUCUCAUGAUGUCGAACGUAGCGUUGGCUUUCUUGGAACCAACCAUUUCACUUUGGAUGGAGGAUCACGAUAUAACUCACGAUUAUUGGAAGAUGGGUAUGAUCUGGCUACCAGCAUUCUUCCCUCACGUCUUCGGCGUCGUAAUCACCGUCAAAAUGGCGAAACAGUAUCCUCAACAUACGUGGUUAAUGGCAGCCGGCGGUCUUGCUCUGGAAGGUCUUUGCUGCUUCAUCAUUCCAUUCUCGACCUCGUACACGGCCUUGAUGAUCCCGAUUUGUGGAAUUUGCUUUGGCAUUGCUCUUAUCGACACUGCUCUCUUACCGACGCUUGGAUAUCUCGUGGAUGUCAGAUACGUGUCGGUUUACGGCAGUAUCUAUGCCAUUGCAGACAUUUCCUACAGCAUUGCGUACGCAGUCGGUCCUAUAAUAGCAGGUGGUGUCGUCGAAGCGAUCGGAUUUACGGCUCUUAACAUUGGCAUAGCCUUUUCAAAUCUUCUCUAUGCACCUGUUCUUUAUUAUCUCCGACAUAUCUACGAUUUCAAGCCCUUCCAUGACGAAGCUGACAUAUUGAUGCAGGAUUCACCCGACAAAGAAUAUCAAACUUAUGUACUUCAAGAGCAAAGACCGAUAUCCGGUGAACUUGGUAGUCGUUUGAAUCAAACUCGAAUGGAAACGAACGUCGAUCAACAUUAUGAUCCAAAUUAUCAGACCAUGCAGAGUUCGGGAUACGAACAAAGUGGAUACAGUCAAAACGUCGGAGCUCCUGCUUAUAAUCAAGCUAGUAGUUACGAGCAACAAGCUCUUACGUACGACCAACAACAGCAAGGACCUUUAAAUUAUGCUCAACCAAUCGGUUAUGUACAACAACCGCAACAACAACUACCGCAACAACAACCUUAUGCACAACAGGAGAUGCCGGAGCAACGGGGAUCGCAAAUGGAUGUGAAUCCAUUCAGAAGGGCUCCUCUCGAUGUAGUCGAACAGCAAAGACCAGCCGGUGACAGCAAUCCUUUUAGGCAAGGAUUGUAUUAGUCAUCCUUCAGCGGUUCAUAAAAGUAUAUUCGGGAUAACUUAUGAUCCUGAUCGACAUCGAGUGUUCGAGACUAGUCUUCGAAAGAUAGGCUUCCAGUUAUGAGCAAAGAAAAAAAUGAUGUCUCAUAAAGCAUGAUAGGACAUCUCUUCAUUUUGUAAUCAGUUCAAAUCCCAUUGGUAUACUCGCGCUUUUUCGAUUUUCAGUGCUUCAUACAUAUAUAUUUUACGAUAAAAGAAGAAAAUGAUAACACACAACGAAUCUCUCAACGUUAUCAUAUAACCGAUCUAAUAUCGUUAUAAGAAUCCGCUGCUUCAAUAUUCCGCAGCAGAGAAGAAAAUUAAUAAUCAGGCCAGUGCAAUCAUACACGUUACAUCUAUAAUUUGCUUGUUUAAUGAAUUCAAUAUAAAUCUACUUGCUAAAAGAUACCGUUGGCCUGAAAUGCAUACAUCCAAAGAAGGAUUGAUUAAUCACGGAUUGUUAAAAAAUACCGGAACAAGGGAGAGAAAGAGGGAGAGAGAGACAAGUGAAAGAGAGAAAGAAAUCAGCAGCUAGUGUUUUACAAUUUCGAGUCUCAGCUUUAAAAUAUGCGAUUAGUAGAAUUCGAAAAAGGCGAGAUUAACGUUCCUUUGAGUGUAAUUUAAUGAAUUAUACGACUACCACCAGGGAACCGUUAGUUAUGAAGGAUGGGCGAAACGAUUAUGGUUAGAAGAAUCGCUUGAAGAAAAGAUGGUGCUAAGAGAGAAAGAGAGAAUACGUGAGAAUGAACGAAAGAAAGGAAGAGAGAGAGAGAGUGAUAUCAAUUACUUCUACACUGUGUGAAUAAAUCGAAAGAGAAGGAGAUAUCCGCGUAUGAAGGCUUCCACUCAGCAAGGACCUUCUUUCACGGAUUGCCAUAGGCAAGUUUUCCGUUUUUAUUGUUUCUUUUAAACCAUUUUCAUUGCUGAAUUGAAAUACCAUAUCAUUAGUUAAGGCAUCCAAGAGAGAUCUAGAUACUAAGGCUUUAAUAAUAUAUAAUUUCAUUCGAUAGAAAAAGAGACACUUUCGAAAAAUGUCUAUUAUUCAAACGUUCAGUGAUAAAGUACCUCUAGGGUUAACUAACGUUAACUUUAAGUACUUUUACACUAACGAGAAGAUGCAAUAUUAGGAAAAACAUAUCUGUAUUUUCAUCAAUUUACUUUCCUUAUCGAAGGUGUCCAAAAUUCGAGUCACGUUCAUUUAGAUAUCAUUUCAAAUUAGACGUAUGUACGAUGUCUCUAUAUAUGUAUGUAUAUACAUGUUAAAUAUUAUAUAUAUAUAUAUAUAUAUAUAUAUAUAUAUAUAUAUCAUAUUAGCCGAUAAACUCGUGGGGGAAACUUUGUAAUAAAAUAUUUUUUCGUUAAACGAAGAUAAAAAGUGAAUAUUUUUAUUUCGUUUGAAAAUUCAAUUUCGUUUUAUAUCAAUAUUAAUAAAAUUCAAUUAUUAUCAAAAUUUAAAAAAAUACAUAUGAAUUCGAAAAAAAUCAGCUAAAUUUUUUUCCAAUAUAUUUCGUAUACGUAUUUCUCGAUGGUAUUUAUUGAUUUAAUUAUUUAUUUGAUACAAAUUUAAUUAUUCAUUUUAAGUUUUACGAACGAGUUCAAGGCAUGUUCGUAUCUACUCGACAAUAUUCAGUGACGUGUUACGCGGAACAAUUAAAUCAAUUACUUUGUAAUAAAAUAUUUUUUCGUUAAACGAAGAUAAAAAGUGAAUAUUUUUAUUUCGUUUGAAAAUUCAAUUUCGUUUUAUAUCAAUAUUAAUAAAAUUCAAUUAUUAUCAAAAUUUAAAAAAAUACAUAUGAAUUCGAAAAAAAUCAGCUAAAUUUUUUUCCAAUAUAUUUCGUAUACGUAUUUCUCGAUGGUAUUUAUUGAUUUAAUUAUUUAUUGAUUUAAUUAUUUAUUUGAUACAAAUUUAAUUAUUCAUUUUAAGUUUUACGAACGAGUUCAAGGCAUGUUCGUAUCUACUCGACAAUAUUCAGUGACGUGUUACGCGGAACAAUUAAAUCAAUUACUUUGUAAUAAAAUAUUUUUUCGUUAAACGAAGAUAAAAAGUGAAUAUUUUUAUUUCGUUUGAAAAUUCAAUUUCGUUUUAUAUCAAUAUUAAUAAAAUUCAAUUAUUAUCAAAAUUUAAAAAAAUAUAUAUGAAUUAGAAAAAAAUCAGCUAAAUUUUUUUCCAAUAUAUUUCGUAUACGUAUUUCUCGAUGGUAUUUAUUGAUUUAUUUAUUUAUUGAUUUAAUUAUUUAUUUGAUACAAAUUUAAUUAUUCAUUUUAAGUUUCACGAACGAGUUCAAGGCAUGUUCGUAUCUACUCGACAAUAUUCAGUGACGUGUUACGCGGAACAAUUAAAUCAAUUACUAGCAUAAGUGCGAUUGAAACACUAAAUUUGGUGUAUUUUCAUCGUAAUAAGGAGGCCGUGUUACGGGUUUUCAAAUCUUAUUUCUAAUAACGCUGCUCCUAUCACAUUGCCUUAUUAUCUCGAUUAAUCAAAUCCCAAAACAUUUUUAUUUAUACAUUAUACCCUGCUUUCCAACUUAGCUAAUCCAAACUUACAAAAUUUUUAAUUUUUAAUUUUUAAAUAUAAAAAUUACAGAAUUAUAUAUUAUUACAACUUUUGACUCGUCGCGGCCUUUAUAAUCGUCAUGAGUGCUUUGAGUUUACAGUGCCUGAAUGUAACAAUUUUUAAAUCUCCGUUGUAACGCGAAACUUAUAACGUAUGUGUAACUUUAAACUCAGAAAAGUGUGUAUUUAAUCUUAACAAACAAAAAAAAAAAAGAUAAAAAAUGGAAAAGUAUAUACAUGUAACGUGAAUACAUCCAAGAUAAUAUUCCUCUCGUAUCAUUUUUACGAGCUGGCCUCUAAAAAUAAAAUGAACAAAACAAAACAAAACAAAACAAAACAAAAAAAAAUAAAAUAAAAUAAUGUUUGAAAUAGCUGGUAGUUAAUGUCAUUCAAGAUAUUUAUUGCAAUGAGAUCAGACGAAUCUUACGAUCACUCUGACAUAUCUAAGAGAAAAUAAAAGCAAGAUAAAUGGAUUAUUUGUUUAGAAAUAGUACCGUUGAUUCCGUGUCUUCUACGUACUUUGAAAAACUACAAAAAAUGAUAAUAAAAAAUGAUAAUAAAAAAUAAUGAUAAAAAAUAAUGAUAAACAGAAAAUAAUAAUAAAAAAUAUAAAAAAAAAUGAAAUAAAAUAAAAAUAUACGAAAACAAGUCGAAAAAAAAUAAUGAAAGAAAGAUUCUACUUCUGUUGGAGUCAAAAAGAAAUUUGUUAUAAAUUUAUAUAUGUACCUAUUAUAUCAUGUAUGAACGUGCUUUCGAUGUGAUGUACGAUCACGAUGAUCAUUAACGUUGGCUAGAAAGUCGUUCUUUCUUUUCUCUUCAAUUUUUAUUUAUUUGCAAAGAAGCUUACUUUCGAUUUGAUGAGAGCAUACUAAUUGGAUUUGGCCGUGUAUUUGACGAUCAAGAGCUGAAAGCAUACGUUUUCGUUUCGUCGUUAGCGAUAACAAACAAGCAAAUAAAAAAACAAAUAAAUAAAUAAUAUGACGAUUGUUCGGGAUCGAACGAUGCAUAUCAUAUACUAUUAUGAAGUUAUCCGUAGCUUCUCUUUUAUCUCUUGUAAAUAUAAUAUACAUAUAUAUAUACAUAUAAAUAAAUAUACACACACUAUGAUAUCGAGACACGUUAUGUCGUAAAUACGCGUGUGGAUGAGAUAUGCGAAACUAAGGAUACGAGAAGAGAUAAUGAGAUGAAAGAGAAAUAAAAAAUUAAUAAUUAAUUAAAAAAGAUCUCGCGUACUACAUAUUUUGCCUACUUGUAUAAAUAUAGUUCGAGCGUAUAAUAUUUUCAUGGGUAUUCAUGGAAAAACUCAAAAAUGCACGACUUUUUUUAACAGCUUGUUAACUUUUAAAUUCUAAUAAUGUUUGAAUCUCUUUAAAAGUAUAUACUUGUUGAAGUCCUUCGAGAUUUUUGUUCCCUCAUUUUUUACUUUCGAGUAUAUCGAUAAAUUGUUUGUUUAUUAAUCCGUCUUCAGCUGAAGACAAUCUAAUGAAUAAUUUCAUUCGAUUUUUCAAAUUUUUGUUAAAAGAAGAAAAAACGAAAAAAAAAAAAAGAAGAAAAAUAAGCAUAAUACGUCAGAGUUCAAUUGGACAAACGUGUACCUAUAUAAUCCGUAUAAAAAAAAAAAAACAACUGUACGUACAUACUUUAAUGGAAAAAAAAAAAUCGAACAGGCAUUCCAAGAUUAUUGUAGACGUAGUAACAGCAAAAAAAAAAAGAAAGAAAAAAGAAGUACACGUUCGUAUUCACUCUCCCUUAUAAUGUUACAUUCGACGUGUCCAUGUAAUAAACACAACAAAGACAUCGAAUACUGAACACAUACAUAUACACUGAGAAAGACGUGAACAAAUAAACAUAAAACAAGAUGCAUACACAUAAACAACACACACACACACACACACGACAAAGACAUGUAUGUAUGUAUAUUUAAGAAAACCAAAUGUCGAAUUGCGCAUGUAAUUGAAACUUAUGACACUGUAAUGUUGUUGAAUCGGUUAUUAAAUAUGUCAUUGUUACCGAAGAAUAUAA